UGUGAGGAGCUUUAACCCGCCUCGGGCUCCUCCGGGGUCCGUUACGCACCGGUGGAGCCGCUCCGUGCGCCCGGAGGAGGAGGAGAGCCACGAUGCUCCUCAGCCCGGAUACUUUCUGCAACAUGACUGGUCCGAACUGCUCCGAACCGUUUAACGGCACUGAGCAGCCGGGGCGCGGAGCUCCCACCAGGAACCAGAGCGACCCGUUCGGGCGCAACGAGGAGGUGGCAAAGAUGGAGAUCUCCGUCCUGAGCCUGGCCUUCGCGGCGGCGGUGGUGGGCAACCUGAGCGUGCUGCUGGCCAUGUACCGAACCCGCAGGAAGCUGUCCCGGAUGCACCUGUUCAUGAAGCACCUGAGCCUGGCGGACCUGGUGGUCGCCUUCUUCCAGGUCCUGCCGCAGCUCUGCUGGGAGGUCACCUUCCGCUUCUACGGACCGGACUUCCUGUGCCGCAUCGUCAAGCACCUGCAGGUUCUGGGCAUGUUCGCCUCCACCUACAUGAUGGUGAUGAUGACUCUGGACCGGUACAUCGCCAUCUGCCACCCGCUGCAGACCCUGCAGCAGCCCACGAGGCGCGCCUACCUGAUGAUCGGCUCCACGUGGGCCUGCAGCCUGGUCCUCAGCACCCCGCAGUACUUCAUCUUCUCCCUGAGCGAGGUCCGGCCCGGUUCAGCCGUCUACGACUGCUGGGGCCACUUCGUGGAGCCGUGGGGGCUGCGCGCCUACAUCACUUGGAUCACCGCCGGGAUCUUCCUUGUGCCCGUGCUCGUGCUCGUGCUCUGCUACGGCUUCAUCUGCCGGACCAUCUGGAGGAACCUGAAGUGCAAGACCCGCAGGAAGAGCUCGGAGUCGGUGGUGGAGACCACCCGGAGCGGGAUCCUGGGCCGGAACUCGGUCAGCAGCGUCAGCACCAUCUCGCGCGCCAAAUUACGCACGGUCAAGAUGACCUUCGUGAUCGUGGUGGCCUACGUGGUCUGCUGGACCCCGUUCUUCACUGUCCAGAUGUGGUCUGUCUGGGACCAGAGCUCCUCCUGGGACGACUCUGAGAACGUCAUCGUGUCACUCUCCGCACUGCUGGCCAGCCUCAACAGCUGCUGCAACCCCUGGAUCUACAUGAUCUUCAGCGGCCACCUGCUCUCGGACUGCGUCGGCGUGUUGCCGUGUUGCCACCGGCUGAGGAGUAAGUUCCACCACCACGACUCCGACAGCAGCAUCCGUCGGACCACCCUGAUGUCCCGCCUGCAGGGUCCCAAGCUAUCAGAGCACCUCAGAGACGUUAAAAAGACUCCGCAGGCCUCGACUGCGACGUGACGUUUGGGACUGACCAAACCUGUCCACAGGAAGGUUCUGGAUCUGCUGGUUGGAGCUGUGGGCACCACAGUCCUGUGUUUCUGAGUCGUGUAAAAUAAAAAUGGUUGAUGGAGGUAAAGACAAAAUAAAACACAUUUUAAAUGAACUUGGUGGAACUCCAAUGCCAAAAAACUUGGGAAAUCUGGAAAAUAUAAACAAAAAGCCAAAAAGAAAAAAUAAGUAGGUCC